GGGUCGCAACUCUCAACCACAGCAGAAGACCACAGCAGACACAGCGACUGGGGCGUCGAGAAGGGAGCCAGCGGCCCUUUGGCUGAGCGUAUCUGGAUUUAAGGCAAAAGAGGUGUCGUUAGUGGAAAAAAAAUGACCAGAGGUAACCAACGUGAGCUUGCACGCCAGAAGCACGCAAAAAAACAAGGAGAAAUGACGAAAGGGAAGAGGAACGAUGAUGGACUGUCUGCUGCUGCUCGGAAACAGAGGGAUGCAGAAAUAAUGCAACAGAAGCAAAAAAAGGCCAAUGAAGGGGGGAAGGAAGGUCCCAAGUCCAAGUGAAAUAUGAAGAGAAAUAUUCCUCUUGCUGUUUUGGGAACUUCAAAAGUUCAGCGUUCUUCCUGAUAGUUAAGAGAAUGGACCCGUCAUUUUCAUCCAGACUCAAGAAUCCUGGAUCCUACAUUCUUCCCAAUGGCAAAUGACAUUUGCUUGUUGGAUUUGUUAUUUUAUAUAAUUAAAAGUAAGUCUCAGAGAGUUGGUGCUUAUCCUACAUUGGUGCUGCAUGCAAAUGGGCAGAAGAGGUUUAAAGAAAGACAAAGCUGAACAAUUCUUGACUCGAAACAUCCACUUGACAGUUGUGUAUUUUUGUACAAAAGUGUCCCCUGAUGGUCUCCAAUAAAGUAUGUGUUUUUAGUUGA